AUGAUCACGCUGCUCACGGUUUGUAUGCUGCUGGUCCCCUGUGUUGGGGGCCAUGCUCUGGACACCCCAAAUCCCCAGGAAUUUCCUCCAGGACUGUCGAAAAAUAUCAAUAUCACGUUUUUCAAUGGGGUGUUUAAAAAUGUGGAAAGUGUGGCUGAAAUUUUUGACUGCCUAGGCUCGCACUUCACCUGGCUGCAGGCUGUCUUCACCAACUUUCCUCUGCUGCUCCAGUUUGUGAACAGUAUGAGGUGUGUGACUGGCCUCUGCCCCCGCGACUUCGAAGACUAUGGCUGUGCCUGCAGGUUUGAGAUGGAAGGGCUGCCUGUGGAUGAGUCUGAUAGCUGCUGCUUCCAGCAUCGUAGGUGCUAUGAGGAGGCCGUUGAGAUGGACUGUCUCCAGGACCCUGCCAAGCUCAGUGCAGACGUGGACUGCAUCAACAAACAGAUCACAUGUGAGUCUGAGGAUCCAUGUGAGCGCCUACUGUGUACCUGUGACAAGGUUGCUGUGGAGUGCUUGGCUCAGUCUGGUAUCAACUCUUCCCUGAAUUUUCUGGAUGUUUCCUUCUGCCUGGCUCAAACUCCAGAGACAACUAAUACGAAAACCCCAGUGACACUGCUAUCCAGAGGGGUUCCAGAGAAGCCCACAGACAGCAGUCAGAUAGCCCUCUCGGGAGAAGUGGCUGGUGAGAUGAGAGCCGACAGACUGACAACACUCUCCAGGACAAAGGGGGAAUCUGUCUAUGAUCUUCAAGGCGUGGAAGCUGCUAGGACCACAUCAUCUCCAGGAUCUGCAGAGAUCGUUGCUAUAGCUGAAGGUGCAACCCACGUCCCUGCUGGCAUUAAAUCAUUGAGGUUGGAAGUAUCACCUGCUGGCAAUGGUUCUCAGGAGACAACUGGAAAAGCCUGUGACAGAUUGGCCUUCCUGCAUCUGGGUGAUGGGGAUCGCAUGCAGGCCCUGCUGCAGCUUGGAGAGAUGCUCUUCUGUCUAACGUCCCGCUGCCCGGAGGAAUUUGAAUCUUACGGCUGCUACUGUGGAAGAGAAGGAAGAGGCGAGCCAAGGGAUACCCUGGACAGGUGCUGUUUGUCCCAUCACUGCUGUUUGGAGCAGGUGAGACCGCUGGGCUGCCUGCAUGGGAGUCGUUCUCGGUCGUCUGUGGUAUGUGAGGACCACACACCCAAGUGUGUGGGGCAGAGCCUCUGUGAGAAGCUACUAUGUGCCUGUGACCAGAUGGCAGCUGAGUGCAUGGCCUCUGCCUCCUUUAAUCAAAGCCUUAAGUCACCAGACCUACGAGAGUGCCGGGGCAAACCUGUAUCCUGUGAGGAUGGCAUGCUCGGGGGAACCUUGGCCUCUUCUGCAGGCUCCAAUUCUGAGGAGAAUAGUGAGGAGGCUACAGCCUAG